UCCAGUCUACCAGCUGAAAUCAGGAGCUCUCAGUUAAGCUUCAGUCCGCCGUCCCGUUAACUCUACGCCACAUCUCUGUGUUUCAAGGUCCGCCAUGGGGGUCGAAGGCUGCACCAAAUGCAUCAAAUACAUGCUCUUCUUCUUCAACUUCAUCUUCUGGCUUGCAGGAGGUGUAAUCCUGGGCGUGGCCCUAUGGCUGAGACACGAUCCCCAGACUAGCAACCUGCUAGGAGUUGAAUUUGAAGGAGCCCAACCACCAAACACCUUCUACAUCAGUGUCCACAUCCUGAUCGGCGUCGGCGCUGUGAUGAUGGUUGUCGGGUUCCUCGGUUGCUACGGUGCCAUCCAGGAGUCCCAAUGUCUGCUGGGAACUUUCUUCGCCUGCCUGGUCAUCCUGUUCGCCUGUGAGGUUGCAGCUGGUAUCUGGGGCUUCAUGCAUAAAGACACUGUGUCAAAGGAGAUGACCAACUUCUAUGACUCUGUGUACGACAAGGCCACGGUGCAAUCUCUCACCGAAACGGACAAAGAGAAGACAAAGGCAGCCGCCUCUGUGCUCAAGAUCUUCCACGAGACGCUGAAUUGCUGUGGUAAAGGAGUAGGAAGUGGGGUCUUCUCGUUGAUCACAGACAAGCUUGGCCUGACUGAUGUGUGCCCCUCUAAAGGAGUUUCAAUCAAUUGCCACAGCAGGAUCAACGAAUUGUUCUCAGAUAAGAUUUAUCUGAUCGGUAUCGCUGCUCUGGUGGUUGCAGUUAUUAUGAUCUUCGAGAUGAUCUUCAGUAUGGUGUUGUGCUGCGGGAUCCGCAACAGCCCUGUCUAUUAAAAAGUAACGGGUCAUUUUGGCCAAUGAAGGAAGGGGCGACCUCACCGUCUCUAUCUCAUUCUCUCUCUCCUCUUCUUCUUUUUCUAAGCAGCAAAUAUAGCUUGCUGGAUUUAGUCAGCUCUUUGAGAAGACAACGUAGACCAUCCUCCAUUGAGCUCUUUUUUUAUUACACUGUCAAUGUUUUUUUUUGGUUUUUUUUUGUGUUAGUCACAGAUGAUGUUAUGCAUAUUUGACCAGUGCUAUUCUAACCUGAUAUGUAGAUAUUAUAUCACAUUAUGUCACACAUGAUUUACAUGUACCGGCUCGGUGUAGCUGCUGCUUUAAUCUUUUAGUGUUGAAUUAGUUGUUUACUGCUUCCUCCCCCAUGAACAUGCCCUUAUAUUCUUGGUUUUAUGGAUUUUUUUUUCACUGUUUUAUGUAUAAACUGUACAUACAUAUAUAUAUUAACAGUGCUUUAUGACUGCCUGAGCAUGAAUAUUGUAUUACAGUAGAGUCUUCUUCUUUAUUCUUCCUGCACUCUUCUUGUUUGCCUUGCUCUAGACUAAACCAGAUGAUGGUGUUAAAGACUGGCACUCGUGUUGGCCUCACUAUGUCAGAGAGAACACACACACUAACACACACACUGUCCUACAGACCAUACUCUGUGAUGUCUGCAGGACUCUUGGGAGAUGGAACCAAAUUUCUAAUGACCUGAUGUCUGUCUGUUUUGGCUCCAUGAGUUUAGGAGGUUAGGAUGAAUUCACUUGCAAUUUGCAACCUUGCCACUAAAUCAUACACACUGGCCCUUUAACACUAUAGUUGUGUUUCCUUAAUCAAAGGAGUUUCAGUGAAAUAUGACCCAUAGCAUUAACACCUAAUGUGACUGUUGGCAUGAGAUGCACCUGUUGCAUCCAUUUAUCAGUUUUGUGCUUUUUCCAAAAAGCGAAUUUCCGUCCACACUAAAGCCAUCACUGUCCCUGGUUGCUCAGCUCUCAGCCCUGCUUGUAGUGUCACUCAUAGAGGACACACAUGCAAAACUGUAGCAGUGGAAAAAGCCUCAGUUUGGUGUUUGGAAUCUGAACCUGGGUUGCCUUGUCUGGUUAAGUCUAGCCAAAUCUCAUCUAACCUGUCAUUUGUACUGUCGUGUUUGUGUGUGCACAUAGAGAACACGGGUGAACACAAUACCAUGAACACAGUUAAACAUAGUUUAACUAAACUGUGUCAGACUCUGAGAUGUAUGGAGGCUUGUGCUGGCCAGGAAAAUAAGAAUCAGUGAUGAUUAAAGUUUUAGAUUCUGGGAAAUACACAAAUUCAUUUUCUCGUUUGAAGUGAAAGGAGAAAAAUAAUGCCACUUUUUACGUUUGAUAUAAAGCUAGCAUCAGCAGGAGAUUAGAUUAGUUUAGCAUAAUGACAAGAAACAGGGCGAAAAAGUAUUGUUCCUUACAAAAUAUUACAUUUUCUGAAUUGAUGCGUUGAAUCUUGUUUAUAAUCUACGCACCAACAGAAAUGUAAAACAAGUGUUCAUGAUAUUGUGCCUGUUUGGUCUGUUUGUGUACCAUCUCAGGCUGAUUACAGUAGUGGUAUGUGUACCAGCAGAGGGCAGCGAACUCAUGUUAAAUACUACAGAGUCAUCCACAAACCAGCUUUCACCACCUGCUGAAAUUCAGCCAAUCAGAAAGCUCUCAACAGGGCAACUAAACAUACCGAUUGCCCAGCUGCCUCUGACGCCGCCGAACUGCUCAGCGUUCUAUGUUUUGCACGUCAUAAACACACACUCACUUUUAGCCAUAUCAUCUUGUGUAACCAUCCAUAUUAUCACAACUUUUGUCAACCAACUAAAACCUUGUCUUGUUAAUGUGUCAUGCUGAGAAAGUGAAAGUGUCUUGUAAUAUUUACAGCUCUGAAAUAUUGUACUAAAAUCAUGAAGGCUGUAGAAGGACGAUGCCUUUUUUCUCUUUGUAUUGUGAUAUCUUUGUCUGGUACGUUGUCAAAGGAGUGAACAGAGGGGGAAAGAUUUUGUGGCAGUGGCAACUGAGAUUAAAUCAAACAUUUAACACAACAGCCAAUUUCUUACCCCAGAAAUCAUUGAAAAUAAUAUUACAACCUACAUCAGUCCAGGAACAUGCAGCCAAGCUGUGUUCCUCUGAAAGUAUUGUCCAUGUUGCUGCCUUUUGAACUUACUCUCAGAAUCCACUGCCACUUCAGUCUCAACCCUCUCUACUCUUGUAGACUGUGGUUUGCCCAAGUAUAAAGGGAUUAAAUGUAUUUUACAAAUAAACAA